GAUAAGUCUGGGGGGCGGGCUGGCUGGCUUCGGUUAGCGGCGUUGGCCAUUGAGAGUCUGUGGAGAUUUUUUUUCCCCCCUCCUGCUUCCAGGAUAGGUGCGUGCGCGCCUUUUUGUUCUAGGCGAGUGAAGUUCCUGGUCCUUUCGUACGCGUGGGAAGGCAGCGCCGUCCAGGGUGAUUCUCUUCGCUGUCCGCUCUGGCACCGCUGCGAUGAAGCCUCUGUGGGGACUCGGCCUCCUCUGCUUCCUCCUCCUGUCCGCCUCUGCCCAGGCAGAUGAACUUGAUGUGGAUGGCACUGUGGAAGAUGAUCUUGGCAAAAGCAGGGACGGAUCGCGAACUGAUGAUGAAGUUGUUCAGAGGGAAGAAGAAUCAAUCCAGCUGGAUGGUUUAAAUGCAUCACAGAUAAAACAAAUCAGAGAACAGUCAGAAAAGUUUGCAUUUCAGGCUGAAGUGAAUAGAAUGAUGAAACUUAUUAUCAAUUCUCUCUACAAAAAUAAAGAGAUCUUCCUGAGGGAAUUGAUUUCAAAUGCAUCUGAUGCUUUAGAUAAAAUACGACUUCUCUCACUAACUGAUGAAAAUGCCCUUUCUGAUAAUGAAGAACUCACAGUUAAAAUCAAGUGUGAUAAAGAGAAGAAUAUGCUACAUGUUACUGACACUGGUAUUGGCAUGACCAAAGAAGAACUGAUCAAAAACCUGGGUACCAUUGCCAAGUCUGGUACAAGUGAAUUUCUAAAUAAAAUCACUGAGAUGCAGGAAGAGAGUCAGUCAACUUCUGAGCUGAUUGGUCAGUUUGGUGUUGGGUUUUACUCUGCCUUCCUUGUUGCUGACAAGGUUAUUGUCACAUCAAAGCACAACAAUGACACUCAACAUAUCUGGGAGUCUGACUCAAAUGAGUUCUCUGUAAUCAAGGAUCCUCGGGGAAACACCUUGGGAAGAGGAACUACUAUAACCCUUGUUCUGAAGGAAGAAGCAUCAGAUUAUCUUGAACUGGAUACAAUUAAAAACUUGGUCAAGAAAUACUCACAGUUCAUAAACUUCCCUAUAUAUGUAUGGAGUAGCAAGACUGAAACCGUAGAAGAACCCAUUGAUGAGGAAGAAACAAAAGAGAAAGAGGAGACAGAUGAUGAAGCUGCAGUGGAAGAGGAGGAAGAAGAGAAAAAACCAAAAACUAAAAAGGUUGAGAAAACUGUCUGGGACUGGGAGCUUAUGAAUGACAUCAAACCAAUUUGGCAGAGGCCAUCUAAAGAAGUUGAAGAAGAUGAAUAUAAAGCUUUCUACAAAUCAUUUUCUAAGGAGCCAGAUGAUCCUAUGACUUAUAUUCACUUCACUGCUGAAGGAGAGGUGACAUUCAAAUCCAUCUUGUUUGUUCCCACCACUGCUCCACGUGGCUUAUUUGAUGAAUAUGGAUCUAAAAAGAGUGAUUUUAUAAAGCUUUAUGUCCGGAGAGUGUUCAUCACUGAUGACUUCCAUGAUAUGAUGCCCAAAUACCUUAACUUUGUCAAGGGUGUUGUAGACUCUGAUGAUCUUCCUCUAAAUGUAUCUCGUGAGACCCUUCAACAGCACAAACUGCUAAAGGUUAUUAGAAAGAAACUUGUCCGCAAAACACUUGACAUGAUUAAAAAGAUUGCUGAAGAAAAAUAUAAUGAUACGUUCUGGAAAGAAUUUGGCACAAACGUAAAACUUGGAGUAAUUGAGGAUCAUUCUAAUCGUACUCGGCUAGCUAAACUGCUUCGAUUCCAAUCCUCUCACCAUGAAAGCAACCUUACUAGUUUAGACCAAUAUGUGGAAAGAAUGAAGGAGAAACAGGACAAAAUCUAUUUCAUGGCUGGAUCGAGCAGAAUGGAGGCUGAAUCUUCGCCAUUUGUGGAACGUCUUCUGAAGAAGGGCUAUGAAGUAAUCUAUUUGACUGAGCCUGUAGAUGAAUAUUGCAUCCAGGCUCUCCCAGAGUUUGAUAACAAGCGAUUCCAGAAUAUUGCUAAGGAAGGGGUUAAGUUUGAUGAAAGUGAAAAGUCCAAGGAAGCACAUGAAGCUUUGGAGAAAGAAUAUGAACCUCUUCUAAACUGGAUGAAAGACAAAGCUCUAAAGGAUAAGAUUGAAAAAGCUGUGUUGUCUCAGCGAUUAACCCAGUCACCCUGUGCACUUGUUGCUAGUCAGUAUGGAUGGUCGGGCAAUAUGGAAAGAAUCAUGAAGGCUCAAGCUUAUCAAACUGGCAAAGACAUCUCUACAAAUUACUAUGCAAGCCAAAAGAAGACAUUUGAAAUCAAUCCUAGACAUCCUCUUAUAAAAGACAUGCUCAGACGAGUUCAGGAAAAUGAAGAUGAUCAAACAGUUGCAGAUCUUGCUGUAGUUUUAUUUGAGACUGCUACCCUAAGAUCAGGGUAUUUGCUACCAGAUACAAAACAGUAUGGAGAACGGAUAGAAAGAAUGCUUCGUCUGAGUCUGAACAUUGACCCAGAAGAAAAGGUGGAAGAGGAGCCUGAAGAACCAGAAGAGACUACUGAAGAGGUAGAAGAACAGGAUGAGGAGGAAGUAGAAGCUGAUGAAGACAGUGAAGAUAGUGAAACAGUUAAAGAACCUACAGAUGUAAAAGAUGAACUGUAAAGUGCAUCGCAAUUAGCAUCCUGUGACCGAGGAUGAAGCAGGAAUGUGAACUAAAUUUGUUUUGUUUUCACUGUAAAAUGUUGAAGGGGGGGAGGUAUACUGUUAUGGGCAGAAGGGAUUUUUUAAGUUGCAUUUUUUAAACAUUCCUCACAAUGUAAAUUUGUACUAUUUAACUGACUACUUGGUGUAAAAUCUUGUCAUGUGUACAAAAUUAAAAUGUUCACACCAUUGCUGGUGGCUAUUGAAA